AUGAGUGACCCAACAAACCCACAUAUCAAAGAGCGCACUACGCCUCAAUGGGGUCUGUAUCAGCGAGAGAAUUUCUGGAAACAGAAUGAAGGAACGACCCCUUUGUUCAACACUGAUCCCCGGAAAAUGGAAGAAAGAGCGAAAGAAAAGCUGAGUGAGGGCGGCUGGUACUACGCCUCCUCAAACGCAGGCAUGUCAAACACACACCUUGCAAACCGACAAGCCUUCUACCGACACCGAAUAAUCCCAAACCAACUCAUCGACACAAACAACCGCUCAACAAGAACAACCAUCUUCAACCAUUCAGUAUCUGCGCCAAUCGGCUUCGCACCAAUCGGAAUAAACAAAAUCUAUCAUCCGUCCGGCGAAGCCGCCGUCUCAAAAGUCGCCAGCGAGCUCAACUUACCCUAUUGCCUUUCCACAGCGGGCAGCACGUCCAUUGAAAAAGUGGCAUCAGCAAAUGGGCCAACAGGCACCCGCUUUUUCCAACUAUAUAUGCCUCACGACGACGAGCUGACACUAUCACUUCUAACGCGGGCAUGGGAAAACGGCUUCGACGCGCUGAUACUCACGACGGAUACGUGGCAGCUCGGAUGGCGACAUGACGACGUUGCGUCAUCGAAUUAUGCAUUUUAUCGUGGAUUUGGAGCGGAUAUGGGACUUGAGGAUCCCGUUUUUCGAAGGAGAUGUGUAGCGGACGGGAUAGAUCCUGAUGUUGAUCUUGUUGCGGCGUCGACGAAGUGGAUUGAUUCUGUUUGGCAUGGCUGGGCUUGGUCGUGGGAGAAGAUUCCUUGGUUAAUGGAGACUUGGAGGAAGAUUAGCGGAGGACGGCCGUUUGUGAUCAAGGGGAUUCAGUCGGUUGGUGAUGCGCGAAGAUGUGUUGAGUUUGGGGUUGAGGGGAUUGUUGUGAGUAAUCAUGCUGGAAGACAGGUUGAUGGGGCUGUUGCUAGUCUUGAUGCGCUGGAGAGGAUUACCGAGGCAGUCGGAGAGAGUAUUUAUGUCAUGUUUGAUUCUGGGGUGAGGGGUGCUAGUGAUGUUGUUAAGGCGUUGGCGCUGGGGGCGAGAUUUGUAUUUAUCGGACGGCUGUGGAUUUGGGGAUUGAGUAUUCAGGGCGAGGAUGGAGUUAGGCAUGUGAUGAAGUCGUUGCUGGCGGAUUUGGAUAUUUUGAUGGGUGUUGCUGGGUUUAACGGAGUCGAGGAGUUCAAACGGGAUAUUCUUGAGUCGGACCCGAAGAACUACGCACUCAUACCGCAGAAAACUUUGUAA